GAUAAUUAAAUGCAUAUUAGGAUGAAAAGCGAUAUGAGAUUUGAUUAACUUAAACUUGAUUACUUAUAAGGAAAUAGUUCAAAAAUACUAAAAUCAGAAUAAGAUUCUACUUAACCUUCGCAAACUUAAAUUUUUUAAGGAAAUCUUGUUGAAAAUAAAACAGACAGAUAAUUAUCUCCUAUAAUAAAAAGUAAUAGGUCUAGACAUAAGUUAAAACAAUGUUAAUCUCUUGUUCUUGAUAAUGAUCCAGAUCUUGAAGAAUUUUCUAUUUGGGGAGAUUUGGAAGAAUUGCCUGUCGGAAAUGACUAAAGUGAUAAUAUAGUUUCUUUUUUGGAAUUAUACAAAUAUCGAUAUGAAAAAACAACUAAGAAAGCAGUUUCUUGUUAUAAUAUUAUAUAAAUGACAAAAAAGUAAAGUUCAUGUAUAAAGAUUAGAUUAAUAAAUAGACAUUCAAUAGCUAGAUUAAAAUAUUAUGGAAUAAACAAAUUAUAAUGGAUAGAUUUUAGGGAUUGGAGUAGAUCAGGCAAUCUUAAUUCUUUGUGA